AUGCCCGCACACCGGAGCACCAUCGAGCGCCUGGACAGGCCAAGCUCGUAUGCCACCGCAAAGAAGCGCAGAAGAAACCGCGACGACGAUGAGAGAGGCCCUAGCCCUGAGCCCGAGGACAAGCUCAAGGACGCGACUACCCUCUACGUCGGCAACCUCUCGUUCUACACCACCGAGGAGCAGAUCCAUGAGCUGUUCUCCAAGUGCGGCGAGAUCAAGCGCCUUGUCAUGGGCCUUGACCGCUUCCAGAAGACGCCCUGCGGCUUCUGCUUCGUCGAAUACUACACACAACAGGACGCGCUAGACUGCAUGAAGUACAUUGGCGGCACAAAGCUUGAUGAGCGCGUCAUCCGUACCGAUCUGGACGAGGGCUUCGCCGAGGGCAGGCAGUAUGGCCGAGGAAAGUCUGGCGGCCAGGUGCGCGACGAAUACCGCAACGAGUACGAUCCUGGACGAGGUGGCUACGGCAGGGUCUACGCCGACGAGUACGAUGAGCGAUGA